AAUGCCCAGUCCGUGUAUGGCGGGUCAAGCAACGAAAUUGUACAGUAUACAUACUACAACUGUAUAGACUUUUGCUCACAUUUUUUUUGCUUUCUCUUCUCUUUUUGAAGCCAAAAUCUGCUUUCUGUAUCAGUGAUAAACCUAGUCUAAUUUCACAAAAUCGAUCCUUUGUAUUGUGUUUUUUGCAUAGAGAAAUGGGGUUUGAUGAUAUAGAACCAAUUUUUGGGGGAAUAAAUGCAGAGUGGUCAGCACCUCAUAAAACCCCUUUGAAGCCUUUCCUCUUUCAUGUAUACGGAUUGCCAAGUGAUCCCUCUUCUCUCCAUGUCUGCGCCACUGACUUUUAUUCAAAUACAUGGCACGCUUUGAAGUCAGCACAGGAGCUUGAAGAUAUGAGGGACAGAACUGGUAUAGGAGGCUCUUGGUCUGACUUUGUAGAUUACCUUAUUGCUGCCAUAAAGUCUGAAGAUGUGAAGCUUGUUAUGGAUGGACAGUCAAAAGUUGGAGGUGCUGCACAUGCAAAAUUGGUUGCCCAGAAAGCUAAGGGGAUGCCAAGAAUCGCUAUAUCACUUAGUAAACUUGUGGAUACUGCAGCAACUGAUGCAAUGGCAAAUCUUUCUUUGGAGCUCUACAAAACUUUUACAAAUGUACAUAAUUUGCUUAAAGCUGAGCAACAACGAUGCUGUGAGUUGACAAAUGUUUUAUCAGAAGAAAAGCAGGAAAAGAAUGAAACUGCCCAGAAGCAACUCAAUGCACUUCUGUACUCAAAAAGGCAGAAAAUGCAAAAGAUUACUGAAAACACAGCCUCAGAUACUGCAACCGGCAGUAGCUCACUAGAGUCUCCAGUUAAGCAAGCAGCCCAACUUUCCUCUACAAAGGUGUCUAACCGUGUGGUACCAGCACAUCGUAGGGCCAGAGUCCGAGGUGUUCUUUUGCAUGAUACUGAAGAUGAGAGGCAAGAUUAGGAAAAACAGUGUCAAUGAUCUCCGUGAUUGAUUGAAGCAUCUACACAUGAGCUCUUUAUGUAAAUACUGUGAUGAUGAAAAAUAUGGCAGAUAAAGUCGAGAUUUAAUUCAGAUGGGAGCUGUUGGGCUCAGCGAAACGAUUAAUUCGAUGUGUAAAGCAGUCUUUGUUUCAUCCACUAACCGGAACACUUGUUAAAGAUUGAAGUGUUGAUUGCUUGGAAAUGAAAGUGGAUGGAAAGCUA